UUUGAAAAGAUUCGCACCACACGAUUUCACCUUGACACUUUAUAAAAGUACGUACAACGGUUUCUCAUCCUGUUUGGCUUACGAAUAUAUGGCUUUACGCGACAAGUUGCACGCUAUACUAUGUAUAUUGGGCCUUGUUGGCGUCACCGAGUCCAUCAUGUGUCAGAUGCACGGCAGCGUCUUCUAUUAUCAACCAACGAUGAGCGAUCUCCUAUUCUCGCUUCCUGCUGCAUGAUUGAUAAGGCGGAUACAUAGCAAUCUUACCCUGCCUUGUACACGUGCGCGACCGCAAGCUACCGGCGUUCAAUGGCAUGUUUAUUCUCGUAAAAGAGAGCAUACACGCGAGCCAGGCGCAAUCAUUAACUUCCAUGCAUGGGCAGACAGCUCAUACUGGCCUCACGUAUCCAACUAACAUGACAGGACCUGCUCACAAUACCACCACUGCCAUCGCCCCUGGCUGCCUUGUUGAAUCCGCAGCCCAAUACCUUUUCCUCAUUUGCUACUUAGUCAUUGCUGUUUAUCGUACGGGUGUGUCAGAUCAAUAAACCUGCAGAUGUGUAUGCAACCGUGCUGCGUACUAAAUGGUUGGCGUGGGGAAGCAGAAACAUGGGCUCUUGCUGCAGUGUCGCGUCGCAGUCGGAUUGAUCAAUGACAUUUCAAGAAAGCCAAGUAUUGCUUAGCUGUUCCGUCUCAUGUUCUUGAUUGGGGUUACCUUGAUCCACAAUUUCUUCCUUCGAGUGGCGAUCACGGCUCAGCUCACAUAUAACAAGCACCCCUACUUAGAUGUUAACUGAUUUUGGCACGAAGGAUUCCAACCCUGACCUGACUUUGCCAUCUGGAAUUAACAUACCACAUAACACAAGAUGGAGUUGAAAACAAACCCGCUUUAUUUCGCGCUGCACCUUCACGCAAGGCAGCGGCUUCGCACGAUGACUUCUGUAUCUUCUCUGAGUUUGGUUGUCCUCGCUAUCACUGCAGUCUUUUAUGUACUGCGCCGCCUCUUGACUUCAAAAGGAAAUGGCCGACCAUUGCCCCCAGGUCCAAAGGGCGUCCCGAUACUGGGCAACAUCAAUGAUUUACCAAAACCUGGCGAGUUGGAGUAUCAGCAUUGGCUGAAGUUCAAGGACCAAUAUGGACCCAUCAGCUCCAUCACGGUGAUGGGGAACACCUUCGUUAUCAUCUCCGACCCUCAAGUUGCACAAGAACUCAUGCGAGACCGCUCCAACAUUCACUCCUCCCGCCCGGGCAUGACCUUCAGCAACAUGGUCGGUUGGAACAAUGCCACUGCAUUGGUGCCCUACAGCAACACAUGGAAACUGCACCGCACGAAUGUUACUAAAGUCGCAAGCGCCAAUACUUCCAUUUCCAUGUUCAACAAGGUGCAGGAAACUGAGGCGGCACACUUCCUACUCAAUCUUCUUGACAGACCCAGCGAUGUGCUGGAGCAUGUGAGAACAGAAGCCGGCAGCGUCAUACUGAAGAUAACAUAUGGAUAUACUACAAAACGAGAAAAGGACCCCUUGGUUUCACUGGCAAAUUCGACAAUGAUGGAGUUUAAGGAAGCUACUGUUCCUGGAAAAUGGAUUGUUGAUGUCAUGCCAUUCUUGAGGCACUUGCCUGACUGGUUCCCUGCGACAGGAUUCAAGAAGAUUGCCCGUUCUAUGACGGAACAUCUGCGUGAGACGACAGACAAGCCAUAUCACUUCGUAAAACAACAGAUGCAGGCCAAGAAAGCUAGGACAUCCUUCAUGUCACAGUCCAUUGAGCAAUUUGGCACAGAUCCGGAGAUGGAGUUUGUCCACAAAUGGAGUGCUUUGGCUUUGUAUUUGGGCGGGUCUGAUACAUCUGUUUCGGCGAUCAUCACCUUCUUUCUAGCCAUGUUGGUGUUCCCAGAUGUGCAAAAGAAGGCACAAGAGGAGUUGGAUCGUGUAAUCGGCAGCGAGAGGCUUCCUAUUAGCGCUGAUUUGCCACGUCUACCCUAUAUCGAAGCAAUCAUGAAAGAAACCCAUCGAUGGCAUCCGAUUAUCCCCAUGGGCAUUCCCCAUUCUAGCACAGAAGAAGACAUCUACCGUGGAUACAGAAUUCCAAAGGGUGCCAUGCUACUGCCAAAUAUUUGGUGGUUCACACACGACCCUGCCGUCUAUCAAGACCCCAUGGCCUUCAAUCCAGACCGACACAUCACCACCGCGACCCACAAAGCCGAGCCCGAUCCGCGAAAUUUUAGUUUUGGGUUCGGACGACGAAUCUGUCCCGGCCGCUAUGUCGCAGAUAACGCAAUCUUCAUGACUAUUGCUCAAACAUUAUCCUGCUUCGAUGUAAAGAAACCGGUUGUUGAUGGCAAAGUGGUGGAACCAGACGUAAACUUUAGGCCUGGAGCUAUCACCGAACCUAUGCCAUUCAAAGUCGAGGUGAGGCCAAGAAGCAAGAAGCACGAAGACUUGGUAAGAAAGAGUGAAGAGAAGUACCCGUGGGAGGAGUCUGACGCCGACGACUUGGAGUCGGUGAGGUGGAAGUGA